AUGGCAUCAAUGCAGUCUUUCGCUUAUUUGCUAACUUUGCUAACUUUCCUUUUGAAGGUCAAUGCUGUUACUAUCUGUAACGCGACCCAAUCAUGUCCAGAAGAUCUUCCAUGUUGUUCCCAAGGUGGGCAAUGUGGUACUGGUCAAUAUUGUUUGGGUAGUUGUAACCCAUCCUUCUCUUUCAACAUUGAUUCAUGCAUGCCGCUACCUAUCUGUAAAGAUUCAUCCACGAAAUUUGACAAUUACUCCUCCAAGAUCCUAAAUGAAUAUACAUUUUUAGGUAAUGUUAGUGCAGCAGACUGGCUUUACUCAGGUAACAUCAUUGAUUACGCUGAUGAAAACAGUUUGAUCUUGGCUAUGCCAAAAAACAGUGGUGGUACCGUUUUAACAUCAACUAGAGCAGUUUGGUAUGGUAAAAUCACCGCCAGAAUGAAGGCUUCUCAUUUAGGUGGUGUCAUUACUGCGUUUAUCUUAUUCUCUGGUAUUCAAGAUGAAAUUGAUUUUGAAUUUGUUGGUGCUGAUAUUGAAAAAGUGCAAACUAACUACUAUUGGCAAGGAACUUUGAAUUAUAAUCAUAGUACUAACAUUACGGUCGAUGAUGUGUUUGACGACUACCAUACUUAUGAAUUAGACUGGCAUGAAGAUUAUAUUACAUGGUCUGUUGAUGGGACCAUUGGUAGAACUCUUUAUAAGAAUGAAACUUAUAACUCAACUACUGAUACAUACCGUUUCCCACAGACGCCAUCUCAAGUCCAUCUUUCCAUUUGGCCAGGUGGUAACGCAACCAAUGCUCCAGGUACUAUUGCUUGGGCAGGUGGUGAAAUCAACUGGGAUGCUCCAGAUAUUAGUGAUCCAGGUUACUAUUACGCUAUUGUUAAUGAAGUUAAUAUAACGUGCUACGACCCACCAAUUUUUGCCAAGAAGAAUGGUACAAAGGCUUACAAAUAUACAAAUUCUGAUAAUUUCUUGGAAAAGAGCAUCAUGAUUACUGAUGAUGAGGUUAUGUUAGGCUCUGAUGAAGCCACAGGUAAUAAUAUAACUGAAGGUGUUACCACUUCAUCUAGCUCCUCGUCGUCAUCUGCUUCUUCUUCGUCUUCUUCAUCAUCAUCAGCAAAGAAGACAAGUAGUGCAUCCACAACAGGGAAGACAUCUUCCGGUUCUAGUGGUUCAUCCACAAGCACAUCCAGCUCCUCAUCUUCCUCUUCCUCAUCCACAAAUUCUAAGAACGAUGCUCCUGUCUUGAGCAAUAUCAACAUUGUAACUGUUUUCAGUUUUAUAUUUGGUCUUCUUAUUUAG